AAUGAUUCGAGUUUUUUCUUCGAUUAAAAUAUUUGAUUAGCAUAAUUUACGCUUAUAAGAAUGUUUUUGCAUGUUAAUUUCGUAUAGGUCAAGCAAGUCAAGUUUACUGUUUAUAAAUUUUCGGAAACGAAAUUACAUUAUCUGUUUUUUGGAUAUCGAACAAUAUCAGAAUUGACGCUUUCUACGUAAUAUAUUUUUUAGAUAUAUUCCAAGUGAUUGAAAACCUGUUAAAAAUCAAAAAGUAGUGGUCAAGUGAUUAUAUUUCAUUCGUUUCAUCGCGAAGUAUUUCCAAAAAAUGAGUCUAGCGCAAUUUUUCGAAGGGAAAAAUAUUUUUAUAACAGGCGGUACUGGAUUUAUGGGAAAACUUUUGAUUGAAAAAUUAUUGAGAUCUUGUCCGGGAAUCGGGAAAAUUUACGUUUUACUUAGAUCCAAAAGAGGUCGAAACGUUGAGGAAAGGUUAAAACAACUUUUAGAUGGCGAGGUAUUUGAUAAAAUAAGGGAAAAUAAUCCUGAUGCACUUGAUAAAAUAAUAGGCAUCAAAGGAAAUGUAACAGAACUAAAUUUAGGAUUAAGCGAUUCGGAUAGACAAUUAUUGGUAGAUAAUGUCAAUAUAAUAUAUCAUUCAGCAGCUUCCGUUCGUUUCGAUGAUUUUCUGGACAAAUCCAUAAUGAUUAACAUCAGAGGGACAAGAGAAAUCGCACAAUUAGCUUUAGAUUUGAAGAAUCCGACUAUUUUGGUGCACGUUUCUACAGCUUACUGUAACGGAGAUCGUUAUGAAGUUGAUGAAAAAUUAUACCCACCGCACGGCGAUUGGAGAGACGCUAUACUUUCAGCCGAAACCUGCGAUAAGGAAUUAUUACAUAUAAUGACCGAAAAAUAUAUUUAUCCCCAUGUUAAUACAUACACUUUCGCGAAAGGUUUAGCAGAACAUGUUGUAAAUGACAUGUGUAAAGGGAAAAUACAAGCCAUCAUAACUCGACCAUCAGUAGUUAUAAAUACUUUAGAUGAACCCCUAGCUGGAUGGAAUGACAAUCUGAACGGUCCUAUAGGUUUAAUGAUCGCUGGUGGUAAAGGAAUAUUACGAUUAUCGAUUGGUCGUUACGAUAAUACAUUGAACUAUAUACCAGCAGAUGUAGCGAUAAAAGGAAUUAUAUUAGCAACUUACGAUAAUUUCAUUAAAAAUAAUAGCGGUGACGUCGAAAUUUAUAAUAUCACCCAACGUAUAAUAAAAUGUUCGCAUGGACAAUUUAUUGAUGAAGCAAAUAAAAUGAAUUUAAUAUCACCAGUACCAAAUAUUGUAUGGUACCCAAGAAACUUCGUAACUACCUGUUACUAUAAUUAUUAUUUACAAGUGAUAUUUUUUCAUCUACUGCCCGCCAUAUUUUGGGAUAUUUUAUUGAAAUUAUUCAAAAAAAAACCGAUGGUAGUCAAGUUACAAAGAAAAAUUUAUACAGCAAAUUAUAUAUUGGGACCUUUCUCAUUACCAAAUUACACAUUCAAAAAUAACAAAAUGAUCGAGAUGCAGGAAAAUCUAGUAAAAACCAACCCGGAUUUCGGUUACCCCGCCGAAUUAUCAAAAGAGUGCUUAUUCAAUUAUCUCAUCAUGUCUGGAAAAGGCGUAAUUAAAUAUGUUCUAAAAGAAUCGAUGGAUCCUACUGGGGAGACCGAAAGGAAAAGAUUGCAAAGAUUUAAAAUCGCCGAUAUAAUAUGGAGAACGUUCAUAUUUUCUUUCGCAUGGUGGUUGUUUUUUAUUCAAUUUAAUACGGUACAAUGUAUUACGAACGGAAUUUAUAAUUAUUUUCAAAAUUUAUAGUUAAUUUAAAUACGGAAGUUGUCAAAAAAAUUUAGUUCUUUGAUAUGUAGCUUUAGGACAAUGACGUUUUGUUUCAAACCCUGUAUAUUUCUCACCAAUAUAAAAUUGAAGAAAUCCAAUAUAUACAAUCGCGUAGUUUUUCAAAUCGAUUCAUAUCGAAAAUAAAUCGAUAUCUCGUUUAGUUUCGAAACAUAUUAUUUUACUUUCAAAUUUUCUUGUAUGCAAAAUAAAAAUUAGAAUUCUAAA